AUGGAGCUUUGCAGCAAUCGAGUGUGUGGUAUGUUUCAGGCCUCUGUGGUCUUUGAGGAUGUGGCUGUGAACUUUACCCCAGACGAGUGGGCUUUGCUGGAUCCAGGUCAGAGGAAGCUCUACAGAGAUGUGAUGCUGGAGACGUGCAGGAACCUGGCCGCCGUGGACGAGCAGAAAUUUCAUAGCAGUGGAGAUCUGAGCCGAACGCAGGAAGGGAAUUUGAGAAGUCCUUUGGUGAAAGGUGUCUGUGAACGUCUUAAAGGACAGCAAUGUGGAGAAUCCUUGAACCCGGUUACAAGUCUUACUGUGCGUGAGGGGUGCCCCACUGGAGGUAAAUCCUGUGAAUGCGCUAAGUGUAGAGAAGCCUUCGAAGACGGUUCCUUCCUAGAGAAGCCGGGAAGAUCCCAGCCAGGACUCAAACCUAGUCUUGGUGAGGAAUGUGGGCCGGCCUGCAACUCCGUCGCAAGCCUCAGCCCUCACGUGGAGGCAGACCUUGUAGAGAGACCCCGUGAAGGUCAGGACACUGCGAGGGCGUCUGAGGCAUAUGCGAAGAGACUUAGGAAGAAAUCUCUGGAGUGCAAGAAAUGUGAAAAAGCUGUCACGUGCACGGCUUCCUUUCAGGGUCAUGUGCAAGGUCACUGCGGACAGAGUGUCCACGUGUGUGACGUGUGUGAGAAAACCUUUAUGGAUCACUCUGAUCUUACACAUCAUGUGAGAACUCACCGUGGGAAGAGACCCUAUCAGUGUCAGGAGUGUGGGAGAACCUUUGGGUAUGCGUCAAGCCUACAAAAACAUACGAGGACACACGCUGGGGAGAAACUCUAUAAAUGUCACCUGUGUGGGAAAGCCUUCCCUGGUCAGCACUCCUUUCUAGUACAUGAGAGAAGUCACACAGGGGACAGACACUUGAAAUGUAAGGAGUGUGGGGAAACUUUCAGUAAGCAUCUACAGUUUGAACAUCACAUGACCACACACAAAGUAGUGAAACCCUAUGAAUGUCAGGAGUGUGGCAAAGGCUUCAAGCAUCACUCAGACCUCCAAAUACAUAUGAGGAUACACACCGGAGAAAGACCCUAUGAAUGUAAGGAAUGUGGGAAAUCUUUCCGGACUCAACACCAUAUUAAACGUCACAUGAUCAGUCACAGUACAGUGAAGCCCUAUGAAUGUAAGCAGUGUGGCAGAGCCUUCCGGGAUCACACAGCCUUGCGAGUCCAUACGCGGACACACACUGGGGAAAGACCAUAUGAAUGUCAGCAAUGUGGGAAAGCGUUUAGACAUCGUGGAAAUCUGAGGGAACAUGUGACGACACACACUGGGGAGAAACCCUACAAAUGUCAGGAAUGUGGGAAAACCUUCAGGUAUAACUCAUGUCUGCGAGAACAUGUGAGGAAGCACACCGGGGAGAGACCCUAUAAAUGUCAGCACUGUGGAAAAGCUUUCAUUCGACACCACACCCUCACACUACAUACUGCGAGAAGACACUCAGGGGAUGGACACUUGGAAUGUAAGGAGUGUGGGGAAACUUUCAGGAAGCACCGAUCUUUUCAAUAUCACAUGACUACACACAAUGUAAUGAAACCCUAUGAAUGUGAGGAGUGUGGCAAAGCCUUCAGGUAUCACGGAGACCUGCAAAUACAUGCGAAGACACACACUGGGGCAAAACCCUGUAUGUGUCAGCACUGUGGGAAAGCCUUCACAUCUCCUUCAAACCUGAGAGCGCAUAUGAUGACACACACUGGAGAAAGACCCUAUGAAUGUAAGGAAUGUGGGAAGUCUUUCCAGACGAUUCAUCAACUUAAACGUCACAUGACCACUCACAGUACAGUGAAACCCUACGAAUGUAAGCAGUGUGGCAGAGCCUUCCGGGACCAGAGAAACCUGCGAAUCCAUAUGCGGAUACACGCUGGGGAAAGACCGUAUCAAUGUUAGCAAUGUGGGAAAAUCUUUAGAUAUCGUGGAAAUUUGCGAGACCAUGUGACAACACACACUGGGGAGAAACGCUAUGAAUGUCAGGAGUGUGGGAAAACCUUCAGGUAUAACUCAUGCCUGCGAGAACAUGUGAGAACGCAUACCGGGGAGAGACCCCAUAAAUGUCAGCACUGUGGAAAAACCUUCAUUCGACACCACGCCCUCACCCUACAUACUGCGAGAAGACAUUCAGGGGACUGACACUUGGAAUGUAAGGAAUGUGGGGAAGCUGUCAGGAAGCACCCACCUUUUCAAUGUCACAUGACCACACGCUAUGGAGUGAAACCCUGUGAAUGUGAGGGGUGUGGCAAAGCCUUCAGGUAUCACAGAGACCUGCGAAUACAUGCAUGGACACGCACUGGGGCAAAACCCUGCAAGUGUCAGCACUGUGGGAAAGCCUUCACAUCUCCUUCAAACCUGGGAGCGCAUAUGAGGACUCACACGGGGGAGAUACCUUUUGAGUGUAUGGAGUGUGGGAAAGCUUUCAGUCAGCUGCAAAAUGUUCAAGUUCAUUGAAAACACCCAGUGCGAUUAAAGCUUAUGAAGGUCAGAGGUGUGGGAAGGCGUACAGGUUCUCCUCCUCUCUCCGAGUUCACAUGAAGAAACAUCCUGGGGAGAGACCUUCACAUGCCACCGCUCCCUUCAAGAACACGUGACGCUGCACAGUGGAUAGAAGCCUUUGUAUGUAAGGACUCUGGUAAGACCUUGCAGCGUCCCAUAGAUCUGGGCAGAACCUUGCUGGGAGCCGCACCAGCCUCGCUGCAUGACGCAAUCACAGGGAGGAAAUGGCAGCGUUUGCACAGCUCCUGCAG